AGGAGGCCGGUUUGGGCCUAAACUGAAGCUUCGCCCCACCGGCGCGGGAUUGGUGGUAGGCGGGGCGUGCCUGGGUCGUCGGCCGGAAGCAGAAGUGGAGGCAAAAUGCAGGACCAUCAGCACGUGCCCAUCGACAUCCAGACCAGCAAGCUGCUCGACUGGCUGGUGGACAGAAGGCACUGCAACCUGAAAUGGCAGAGUCUGGUGUUGACAAUCCGAGAGAAGAUCAAUGCUGCCAUCCAGGAUAUGCCAGAAAGCGAAGAGAUUGCCCAGCUGCUCUCUGGAUCCUACAUUCACUACUUCCACUGCCUAAGAAUCGUGGACCUUCUCAAAGGAACCGAAGCUUCCACAAAAAAUAUUUUUGGCCGGUACUCUUCACAGCGAAUGAAGGAUUGGCAGGAGGUUGUAGCACUGUAUGAGAAGGACAACAGCUACUUAGUGGAACUCUCUAGCCUCCUUGUUCGGAACGUCACCUAUGAGAUCCCCUCACUGAAGAAGCAGAUUGCCAAGUGCCAGCAGCUGCAGCAAGAAUAUAGCCGCAAGGAGGAGGAGGGCCAGGCGGGGGCUGCCGAGAUGCGGGAGCAGUUCUACCACUCGUGCAAGCAGUAUGGCAUCACGGGAGACAACGUCCGAAGAGAGCUGCUGGCCCUGGUGAAGGAGCUACCGAGUCAGCUGGCCGAGAUUGGGGCGGGGGCUCAGUCCCUGGGGGAAGCCAUUGACCUGUACCAGGCCUGUGUGGGCUUUGUGUGUGAAAGCCCGGAAGAGCAGGUGUUGCCAAUGCUGCAGUUUGUGCAGAAGCGGGGCAACGCCACGAUGUAUGAGUGGAGGACAGGGACAGAGCCCUCCGUGGUGGAGCGGCCACACCUCGAGGAGCCUCCUGAGCAGGUGGAAGAAGACGCGAUUGACUGGGGCGACUUUGGGGUGGAGGUGGCUUCUGAAGGCACUGACUCCGACAUCCCUGCCCAGGCUGCUGGAAUUGACUGGGGCAUCUCCCUGGAACCGGAUUCAAAGGAAGCUGGGAGCGAUGGGAUAGACUGGGGAGACGAUGCUGCUGCUUUGCAGAUCACAGUGCUGGAAGCUGGAACCCAGGCUCCAGAAGGUGUUGCUAGGGGCUCAGAUGCCCUGACACUUCUUGAAUAUCCUGAGACCCGGAAUCAGUUCAUUGACGAGCUCAUGGAGCUCGAGAUCUUCUUGUCCCAGAGAGCAGUGGAGAUGAGUGAGGAGGCAGACAUCCUGUCUGUGAGCCAGUUCCAGUUGGCUCCAGCCAUCCUGCAGGGCCAGACCAAAGAGAAGAUGGUUACCAUGGUGUCGGUGCUACAGGAUCUGAUUGGCCGGCUCACCAAUCUUCGAAUGCAACACCUUUUUAUGAUCCUGGCCUCACCAAGGUAUGUGGACAGAGUGACUGAGUUCCUCCAGCAGAAGCUGAAGCAGUCCCAGCUGCUGGCUUUGAAGAAAGAACUGAUGGUGCAGAAGCAGCAGGAAGCACUUCAGGAGCAGGCCGUUCUGGAGCCCAAGCUGGACCUGCUGCUAGAGAAGACCAAGGAGCUGCAGAAGCUGAUCGAAGCUGACAUUUCCAAGAGAUACAACGGGCGCCCCGUGAACCUGAUGGGAACCUCUCUGUGACACCCUCCACAUUCUUCCUGCCCAUCUUCUCAGCCUCAGGACAGAGGUGGGACAGCCAGGGCUGAUGUUGCGGGUCCUUUCCCGGCAAGAGACCAGACCGACUGGCGGAUGGAAAGUCACGUGCUGGAACCUCACCCAGAUGGCACCUUGGCACUCACUGUACUCUCUGCAAGAAGCUGUCUCGAUUGGCCCUGUGGCUUGUUAGCCUGAAACCACAGCUUCUCCUCCUUCUUAAUAAUCUAUUUGGACUUAAUAAAAGAGGAAGAGACUCUGGCUU